AUGUCUGGGGAUAAGAAUGUUUUCUCAUCUCUCAGCCCCUUUGAUGGAGGCACUGUGACUUUUGGUGGAGGUCAUAAGUCUCAAGUUGUUGGAAGAGGUACUGUUUGUAUCCCUGGUUUACCCGAGCUUAAGAAUGUUAGAUUUGUUGAGGGUCUCACUUCCAAUCUCAUUAGUGUGAGUCAGCUAUGUGAUGAUGGAAUAGUAGAAGUCAGAUUCUCCAAGCAUGGCUGCAAAAUCAUUGAAAAAGGUGGCAAUGAGAUUGUGAGCGUGGCAAAGUCUAGGGACAAUUGCUAUUGCAUUGAUGGUGUCAAUGAUGCAGAAGAAGUUUUUUGCAACAAGGUUGUGAAUGAAAUAAGUGUUUUGUGGCAUCAAAGACUUGGACAUGUGAAUUUUAGAGACUUACAUAACUUGUCCAAGAGAAAGUUAGUAAGUGGUCUACCAAAGCUUGACAAAUCUAAUCAACAUGUUUGUGAAGGAUGGUCAAACAAGUUAGAGUGUCACACAAAAAGGUCAAACACAUUCAAAAAAAUGUAA